AUGGCUCUUGUAGACCAUACACAGAACACUAAUCAUAAUGGAGAGGAAGGGCAAGAUGAAACAUCGCUUGCACCAAUAGAGCAAACAAGUCCUUUGGGUUAUAACGUUGGAUUCCUCAACGCUACGCUCGUCAACACCUCGGCCAUGAUUGGUAUGGGGAUAUUUUCUACCCCGAGUUACGUUUUGAAAUCUGUUGGGUCUGUGGGUGCACUGGUGACACUUUAUCUCGUGGCUCCGAUCGUUACUUGGGCUGGACUAAUGGUAUACAUUGAACUUGCUUCUAUGUGUGGCCACAAGAGGUCGGGAGCGGAGGUUGUGUACCUGGAGCAAGCUUAUCCCAAACCCAAGUACCUCGUUUCAACAGUCUUUGCGAUGACGACUGCCCUGUUAAGUUACACAGGCGUUAGUGCGACUGUUUUUGCUAGACAUAUCCUCCACGGCUUUGAUAUCGAAGAUACCCCCUUCAAGCAAAAGUCCAUUGCUCUAGCUAUGUUGACUAGUGCCGUUGCAACUUGUUUGUUUUCAAACAAGUGGGCGUUGAGGAUCAACAGUUUUUCCACGGCAUUCAAAGUUGGGAGCCUGAUAUUGAUAUCAUUUACUGGGAUGGCCUGUCUGCUCGGCUGGACAUCAGUCCCUUAUACGGGUAACCUAAACCACCCCUUCGAGGGAACAAAGAUCGAAGGGAAUCCGCUUGCUACAUCCUUCGCCAAGGUCAACUUUAGUUUCGUAGGGUGGAACACCAUUCUGGGCCUUAUGGCCGAAGUCAAAGGUCGUGACCCUAUUCGCACAGUCCGUAGAGCAGGUCUAGCCUCUAUUGUUAUUUCGUCUUUGCUCUUUCUCGCUACAAUCCUUUCGUUUGCGAUCGUGCUCACCAAAGAAGAGAUCACCAAUGCCAAUGAAGUCCUGGGUGCGUUGUUUUUCAGAAAGGUCUACGGAGAUACAGCGGCGACCAAGCUGUUUCCUAUCUUUAUCGGCCUCAAUUCAUUUGGGGGCAUAACCUUGUAUUAUGCGCGAAUGCUGAGAGAGGCAGGGAGACAGGGCGUCUUGCCAUUUGCUACGUUCUGGAGUCGUGUUGGGAGGUUCAAGACGCCCUACGGCCCCCUUUUAUUGAAAUGGGCUUUGUCGGUGUUUUUAGUCGUUGCUACCCCAGCGGGCGACACUUUUGCAUUCCUGGUCGAUCUCUCUGGGUACCCGGGUCUGGUUUUCGCAUUGGCGACAUCGUGCGGCGUUUGGGUUUUGAGAGAUCGGAGAGCCAAGAUGGGGCUCCCCAAACAUGCAUAUAAAGCUCCGAAUAUUGUGGUUCUGGCCUACGUGGUAAAGAGCAUUGCUUUGAUUAUUAUGCCUUGGAUACCACCCAAGGGGGGAUCCCAUGGAGGUGACGUCGACUUUUUCUAUGCGACGUACUGUAUCGUUGCGCUUGCGGUCAUGAUGCUAUGUGUGGUUUACUACUGGGUUUGGUUUAGAGCGCUUCCAGAAUGGUAUGGAUACGAAAUUAUAGAGGAGACUGUGAGGCUUCCAGGGGGUGUCAAAGCCGCGGUGCUGAGGAAGCAUUACAAGGGCGAACAGGAACCGCUACUUCGAGCUGAGGAGGCAUAA